AUGUUUUUAUUUGAAAAUUGGAAAUACCAUCAAAUUAUAGAAAAAAGUAUUGUUGUUUUUGUACAAAAACGUUUUACAGUUUGAAAAUCAACUCGCGCAAAUAAUCAAAACAAUUUUUUUCAAAAAAAAAAGUUCUAUUAGACAAUCAUUUUUUGCAGGUUCUUGCACCAACUCGAAUAACUCCAUCGCCAGUGAGCAAUGUAAAUUGGAAUUCUUCACCAGUAGCUGCUCAAAUUAUAGCCAAACAACCAAAACCAAUUGAUCCAUUUGAUGUUCAAUGGAGUCGAUUAGCAGUCAAUCCAGCAGCUGAAAAUGCAUGA